UUUACUCUCUGAAGAGGGCACAGCAGGUGUGAGCUGUGUGGACCACCAUUACCUUUUCCUGUGAGAUGGCGCUGCAGAUCCCCAGAAGCCUCCCUGCAGCAGCUGUGGUGGUGAUGCUGAUGGUGCUGAGCAGCCCAGGGUGUCCCGCAGGGGACGCCGUGUACCAGUUCAAGGGCCUGUGCUACUUCACCAACGGGACGCAGCGCAUCCGUAGUGUUAUCAGAUGGGUCUACAACCAGGAGGAGUACGUGCGCUUCGACAGCGACGUGGGCGAGUUCCGCGCGGUGACCGAGCUGGGGCGGCCCACAGCCGACUACUGGAACAGCCAGCAGGAGAUCCUGGAGCAGAAGCGCGCCGAGCUGGACACGGUCUGCAGACACAACUACGAGCUGACCGAGGUCCCCACCGCCCUGAGCCGGCUCGAGAGGCCCAAGGUGACCAUCUCUUUGUCCAAGACAGAGGCCCUCAACCACCACAACCUGUUGGUCUGCUCGGUGACAGAUUUCUACCCAGGCCAGAUCAAAGUGCGGUGGUUCCAGAAUGGCCAGGAGCAGACAACAGGAGUCGUAUCCACGCAGCUUAUUAAGAACGGGGACUGGACCUUCCAGAUCCUGGUGAUGCUGGAGAUGACACCUCAGCGUGGAGAUGUCUACACCUGCCAUGUGGAGCACCCCAGCCUGCAGAGCCCUGUCACUGUGGAGUGGAGGUCACAGUCUGAAUCUGCACAGAGCAAGAUGCUGAGUGGCAUCGGGGGCUUCGUGCUGGGGCUGAUCUUCCUUGGGUUGGGUGUUUUCAUCCGUCACAGGAGUCAGAAAGGAACUCGUGGGCCUCCACCAGCAGGGCUCCUGCACUGAUUCAUGGGAGUAUUUUGGCUGAAUUGCUCUCACUCUUCUGAAAGGCCUGCUUGUCCCUGCUUAGUCCCCAGUCUGUUCAGCCUGCCUGUUUCCUCUAAAGUCAAGCUCCCCAGCGGCUCCAGUGCGGCUGCCAGGUCACCUCCCAAGGCUUUGGCUGCGACUCUGCUCCUCACCUGACCCCAGAGCCUCUGCCCAUGCCCUGCAGCAGCAUCUACAGAGACCCCCAAAGCCUGUCUCUGUUUCCACUGUCUUCCCAGACUGCUGAAGAACAUUCCCACCUGGAGAGCUUUGUUCAUAAUUAAACACGAUCUGAGUUAUCUGUAUUCUGAGCCUCCUAGCUGAGCAGAGGGAGGAAGCAGUGUGGGAUGGGAGGAGCCAGUCUCCGGGUGACCCAGAAGAGGGGGUGCUCCUUCAAAGAGUAGAUGCAGUGUAGGCGCCACGUAAGGAAGCUGAGGGGACGGCAUCAGCUGUCACACCCUUCGUGGUUCUUGGUCUUGCCAUUCAGUGCAGUGUUCGCACACCACCCCAGCCUCCUCUUAGCUGGUGUGUAUUGUGCAGCUACACAUGGUAGGAUUGGGGGGCAGAUGGUGUGACCUCUGGUCUCUAUGAUUCAGAUAUCUCCGGCAGAGUCACAUUGAGGCUAAUUUUUAUUUUUGAGAAACUAUGGCCGGCAAUAAAGUACUAUUUGUGAUUCCAAAGGCUAGA